CUCCGGGCNNGCCGACCCCGGGCGGGCUCCCCGCCGCCCCGGCCCCUCCCGCCCUCCGGCAGCGGCGGCCGGCAGGAUGCUGCCCUCGCAGGAAGCCUCCAAGCUGUACCAUGACAACUACGUGCGGAACUCGCGCGCCAUCGGCGUGCUCUGGGCCAUCUUCACCAUCUGCUUCGCCAUCAUCAACGUGGUGGUCUUCAUCCAGCCCUACUGGGUGGGCGACAGCGUUAACACGCCCAAGCCCGGGUACUUCGGGCUGUUCCACUACUGCGUGGGCAGCGGGCUGGCGGGCCGGGAGCUGUCGUGCCGCGGCUCCUUCACCGACUUCAGCACCAUCCCCUCGGGCGCCUUCCAGGCGGCCGCGUUCUUCGUGCUGCUCUCCAUGGUGCUGACGCUGGGCUGCAUCACCUGCUUCGCCCUGUUCUUCUUCUGCAACACCGCCACCGUCUACAAGAUCUGCGCCUGGAUGCAGCUGCUGGCAGCGCUCUGCCUGGUGCUGGGCUGCAUGAUCUUUCCCGAUGGCUGGGAUGCAGAGACCAUACGGGACAUGUGCGGGGAGAAGACAGGGAAGUACUCCCUGGGUGACUGCUCUGUGCGCUGGGCUUAUAUCCUGGCCAUCAUCGGCAUCCUCAACGCCCUUAUCCUUUCCUUCCUGGCCUUUGUUCUCGGCAACCGGCAGAACGACCUGCUGCACGAGGAGCUCAAGACAGAGAGCAAAGAUUUUGUUGGCACUGCGAGGAUAUAAGGCCGACCAUCCGCAGCAGGACCCUCUUCCCAUGGCCGGCAGCCUGGGCGCUCCCUCCCUGUCCCGCCCUUCAUUUGCUGCCAGCGGCCACACAGCGUCCCGCGCCGCCCUGCGGGCCCCGGUGCCCGCGCCAGGGAUGCGCCAGCCGCCCGCCGCAUCCAUGGCCACCUCCAUGUCCACGCCGGCACCGCCAUCCCACGCACCCUGCCAGCUCCGUACCCACCGCUGCCUGCGGGCCGCCGCCGGGGGAGGAUGCCUCAAACCCGCUUUGUUCAAGAACAGAAUCCAGCUGCGGUUUUGUUUCAAGGAAAAAACAGUCUUGGAGUUUUUAACAGAUUUCUACAUCCCCAGGACUCCUGACCUGCUGCCUCCCACCCGAACGCGCACCCAGUGACGCCCCGUGCCGGCCGCUCCGGGUCCCGGACCCCUCCCCACUCCCAUUUUGUACAGCUCCGUGAUCCUGUCUCCACAGCCAGGGGACCCGGUGGCCGGGAUGGGGCCCAACCCCUACUUUUACAUGUAAAUUCAUAUUCUCUAAACAGGGUAAAGUGACUCGAGCCCCCUCUCCCCCCGCUCCGGGAGUCCAGCCCAGGACACGGUGUUUCCUGGUGCGUGGCUGGGCCGCAGGCUGCUGCUCGCUCCCCUCAGCACGGGGACCGCAGGGGCCUUGCUGCUGCCGGCCGUGGGACACCCGACUCGCGCCGCCGUUGAAUGUAAGCCCUGGUAAGUGGGAGCAGCUGAACAGGCAAAACCCCCGGGCGGGCACAGGAGGAACCCCCGCCAAGACCCCUCCCCGAGCCGGCCGCGGGCUGUUGCCAAACGCCUUCCCUCCCCAUCCCCAUACGGUGCUUUAUCUCCACUGGUGACAGCAAGGCUUUCCCUGCCGCACGGCGUGGCCGGGUGUACCCGAGCACUCCUGUCCCCGCCCGGACCCUGGCUGUGCCUCGCUGGCCCGCGGUGGUGGCGGGCGGGGAGCCGGUGGCUGCUGCCCCGGGCCACACACCGCCCCCGAGAGCCGACACCCCGGCACGGGGGCUGCAGCCUGGCUGUGGCUCUGCUGGCCACGCCACCGUGUGUGGGCUGGCUUCCCCUGGCCACAGAGCCUUGGGUCACCGCAGCCCUCGCAAUGCAAUAAAGUCCUCAGCACUGGCCGUGUCUCAGUGCGAGCAGCCGGGGCUCCUUGCAGGGCCCAGGGCAGGGCCCCCAGGGCUUGUUGGAGCCCUGGCAGGGCUGGACCCAGGCACUGGGCAAGGCCAGGGAGCAGGGCAGCGGGAGCAGGGAGCAGAGUGGGACCACGGUGCUGGGAUGGGGCCACGGAGCGUGCAGGCUGCCGGGGGAUGGCGUGAGGGGCUCCGCAGGACCCAGCGCCUCACCAGGCACCAGCGGCGGGCUGGAGCAGGUAAGUGGUGCCCUGAGGCCCUGCGGGGUGGCGGUGGGGGAUGGAGCUGUGCCCAAACACCAUCUGGGAGCCAAAGCCACCCGGGAUGGAGUGCGUGCCAGCACUCUGCCAGUGCCCUCCGCCAGCCACGAGCCCAGCGGUGCCCACAUCCCUCUGCCAGCUGCCCCCAGAACGAGGUCAACAGGAACUCGCAGCGCCGGGUCUUGCCAGCCGAAUUGGAAAAACAAACCAAGAAAAUCAGUGGAGAAAGGAAUACAGUAGCUGUAAUAUAUCUGUAUUUUAGUACAAAGUUUGAUACAGUGUUUCACAAAACCUUAUUGAAAAAUAUAAUUCAAACCAGAC